AUGGUUCGGCGCCAAAUGCCGCCGCGCGCCUGCAAGAGCAAGAGCCAGAGCGCCGCCAGGCCCAGUCUUAGUCCCAGCCGCCUGGCCAAGAAGCCCAGCCUGACGCCGACCACCGGUUCUCAGGCGCCAUCGCAGACCAUCGCAAAGUCGAGGCCCACCGGUCUCGAGACGAUUUUUGAACGGCCCGGCAAUGAGGACGACGGGCCCACCAGCAGCCAUGCCGUGGCAUUCGGCGAGUGCCAGCGCCGCGUCCUCGCCCUGGGUACGGGCGAAAAAAAAAGAACCCUGUCGCAGAAGAGCUGCCUGAAGGUGCGCAACACCUUGGGCGAACGCAGCACCCGGCACAUGAUGACACUGCGGGCGUCCCGCACUACUUUGGACAGCGUAAUGCUCGGGGGCUCGGACGAUGAAGGCGAGUCGGUCGGAGUCGCUCCCGCAGUCGCUCCCGUAGCUGCUCCCGAAGUCGUUCCCGCUGGAGGAAAUGCCGGUACAAAUCAGCCGGCACCAUUCGUGCUGCGCACCAGCAGGAGGCUCAAGAGUCUUCCUCCGUUUUAG